CACUUCGGUCAGACAGAAAAGCCUGUUCAGCUCAAGACACGCUAGAACUCACCCAAAGAGCUGGUUGAAGCCUCGCAACAGCAUCCAGCCUAAUCCUCAAAAGGGGUUCAAAGCCGUGAGACCAAGAAAGUGAGCGAUAAAGCGCCUACCCUAACCCCCCCAGUCUCACCCAAAAAACUCAGGGUCUCUCUCUCCGGUGUGAUGGGGGUAGUGGUGUGUGAGGAAACACACAAGAUGGUCCCCGUAAGGGUGUGUGGGGGAACGAGUGGGCGGUGUAAUCCAACACACACUCACCUUGCCCAUCACCGAAAAAGAAAGCUCACCACCAUGCAAAGAAGUCGCCAUCCCGCGCCCCUGGCCCAGGAGACUGGUUCCAUACCCUCGGUUUCCCUCUGGCGAUUUCCAGACCCAAAAGAGGUAAUGACUCGGCAUAACGGCAUCUAUUACGCAGGCGACGGGAAGAGGGAGGGGGAUACCCAAGAAUUGCCCCGUGCUUUGUGGGUUCUUGACUUCACGUCCUCCGAGAAGGGGAGCCCGUUGAUCAACGGGCGUAGCCGCCGGAGCGGGAUUCCAAAGGGGGGAAGAGGAAGAGAGAGGAACCCGUCAAUCAUCCCAACUUUUUCUCCCCCUUCGUUAUCAAGCUUUCCGUUCGUUCCCAGACCCCGAAGUGCCAAGGUAGACAAAGACCGUAAGGUACGACGAACUCGAUCACAUCAGAAGACUGUAGCCCUUACGGGCUUUGCAGGGAGCCCCGUGAGUGACUAUUGGGGUGGGAAAGUCCGUAACAGUCAUCCACAUCGGCGACGGUGAGAUGACAAAUCCGCGUUUUCGCCGGAUUGCACCGGCG